AAGAUAUUAAGAGCGAUAGAAGAGUGGGAAAGUAGAGAAAGAGGGAAAGGAGAGAGGGAAAGAAGAGAGAGAGAAAGAAGAGAGAGAGAGAGAGAAAGAGGUAAAGAAGAGAGAGAGAAAGGAGCGAGACAGAGAGGGAGAAAGAUAUUAAGAGCAAGAGAGAGAGAAAGGAGAGAGAGAGGGAGGAAGAGAAAGAGAUUAAGAGCGAUAGAAGAGUGGGAAAGUAGAGAAAGAGGGAAAGAAGAGAGAGGGAAAGAAGAGAGAAAGAAAGAAGAGAGAGAGAGAGAGAAAGAGGUAAAGAAGAGAGAGAGAAAGGAGCGAGAGAGAGAGGGAGAAAGAUAUUAAGAGCAAGAGAGAGAGAAAGGAGAGAGAGAGGGAGGAAGAGAAAGAGAUUAAGAGCGAUAGAAGAGAGAGAAAGAGGGAAAGGAGAGAGAGAGAAAGGGAAAGGUGAGAGGAAGAGAAAGAGGGAAAGAAGAGAGAAAGGAGAGAGAGGGAGGAAGAGAAAGAGAGAGAGAGAGAAAGAGGUAAAGAAGCACGAGAGGGAGAAAGAGAGAGAGAAAGAGGGAAAAGGAGAGUGAGAGAGAGAGAGAGAGAGAGAGAGAGAGAGAGAGAGAGAGAGAGAGAGAAAGGGGACGGAUUUAAAAGAAACCCAGCAUCAGGGUUAGUGUUCAUGAUGUUCGUGCUGGUGCUGAUGCGCAUCUUUUACGCAGCCCGCCCUCCUUAUGACGUAAGCCAAGGUAGAUAAAAAGUCAAGUUUGCCAAAGCUGUGCUGUGCUCAGUGCCAGCGUUCAGCAGCUUUCCUUUGUACAGUGCAUUCAGCGUGCAUGUGUGUUUAUAGGACAGCGUGUAUAUAGACAGCGUGACAGGGCUGGAAAACAUCACGCAGAUCUGGCAACCUUGUGGCCGGUGUGGAGAAAACCGCUGGAGCGGCGACAUCAAACGACACUUUGAUUUUGUUUGAUCUUUGAUCUUCUUUUUUUCUGGUUCUCCGUUUUGUUCAUGGGUUGCGGUGGAAGCCGGAGCGAUGCCAUCGAGCCCAGACGCCAUGAGAGCUGGACCAGAGAGACCGAGUCGACCUGGCUCACCAGUACAGACGCCGAGGGUCCUAACAACAGUAUCAGUAAAGGUGUGGAAGCACGAUCUUCUCUGUCUUCUAAAGACAAAAGAAUGGUUACCACAGGGAUACAGUGUGGAAAACCACCCUUAACCUCUAGCACAUGUACAAAUCAACAGAGAAGCCAGCAAACGAAGCUGGAGAGCGUCCAAGAAAGUGACUGUUCCCUCAAAUGAUGUUUCUCGAAGCAGUGACGCAGCCUCAGUCCCAGCAAAGCCAAAAUGAAGUGGAGGGAGUUCAUUCAUACAUGAAAAGGAGAGUAACAAGGGUUUUGGUCUGGUGAUAUGACUGUAAUUAGGGGCUUGAGCAGGUUUCAGCAGUCAAGAGAAAGGACACUGAUUAACAUCCCCCAGCAUACUCUCUGAAACAAGUGGCUCUGUUAUACUUUAAUGCCACCAUCCUAAGGUUAAGCUGCAAGGAAAGAACCAAUAGUAUAGUCCGGCCCAUAAAAAGCCGAUUCCAACUUGGCUAGUAAUCAUUUAGCAAAAAGUCUAGAUGUAUUUAUUCCCAUUUUUUGGGCCAACCACUUUGCACAUACUGUAUAAGGACUGAAUGCACUGUGAGCAGUGAAGGGCUUUUGUAAUUUGCGCUGCGUAUGUGUGUUUUUUCCCUUGUGUGAAAGAAAUGAGUUAUUUAACAUGAAUUAUGUUCCAACAAACUAAAUCACGGUGACAUUAUCGAACCUGUCAAUAAGGUUACUAUUGUAAUGUUUCUUUAUUUAAUGAAUAAUACUGGAAUGGUAUAGAACAAUCAUGAUGUUAAAAUGUAAGUUUCUUGUGGUAUCAGGUAACAGACAACAUUUAAUGACUUAAAAACUAAUAACAACAUAUGGAAAUAAGUAUUUUUUUGAAUUAACAGAAAAGAUGCAGCAAGGCAGAGCAAAACGUAUCGUAUUUCAGACAUCAUCAUACCAGUAUACCAUCACACUCCCAGCUAUAAUUGUUAAUCAAAAUAGCCGCCUUUUAUUGAGUGUUCUUAAUAUAUCUACAAAUUAGUGUGUACUGUGUACGUUACUACGUUAUUUAGUUUUAUUUAUUUUUUCUUAAUUAUAGGCCUUGUGUCUCUUAAAUUGAUGGACCUCUAUAUUACUGAAUCAUAAAUCAGUGACAUUCAUAUUCAUGUGUGUUUUUCUUGGUUUGAAAUUAAUUCAAUAUAUAAAUGCUCCAUUGGUAAAAUCUACCCGAUGACUAGGAUACAUGCACCGGCUUGUCUCUAAUUAACAUAUUCAAACCACUUCAAAUUACAGUGUGCUUUGCGCUUUUGUGUGAUGUGUGAAUUAUAAUGUUUACUUUCAAAAUAAAGAAUGAGAUGGUGUGA